UUUUAUCAUUUACUGAAUUAACUCAUAUUUGUUAAUGGAAACAAAAACAUAGUAUUUAUAUAAAUAACCCGCAAAGUACUCAUAUAAUUAGAGUGUUUCAAGCACGUCACUUACAAUAUAUAAAUCUGUCUGCUUUUCUCCAUUUCUCUGUAUUUGUCGAGAAGUUAAAAUACAUCAGAAAGUCAUGUCGUAACAACUAAUUCGACGUAUUAAAUUAAAUUCAUAUACAAAUUAAAUAGCCAAAAAUUAGAUAAUCAAUCAGAAAAGAUGUCGUUAGCAUCUAAAGUGACAUUAGGUUUAGCUGUUUGCGUUUCCACCGCCAUUAUAGGUUAUGUUCACUAUAAACAAUCGGACGACCGUAACAAACUACAUGAGGGUGUUCUGCGUGACGUAGAGCAGCAACAACGACGCAAGCACGAGAACCGUUAUGCACUGCAGCAACAAAUCGACAUGACCAAACAGUUAAAAGCAGCACGAGAAACGGAGACGAAGAAUAAUCCGGGCGUAUUAGAUACGUAAACAAGGAAAACGCCGGAAGCAUCGGAUCCAGGCUCAAAUCUAUCGUUACUUGUGUUACAGCAAUCCAUAUACGAAGCGCGUCAAAUACAACUCUCUUAUACACACAA